AUGAAGGCCUUCAAGCUAGGCAUCGCCCAGACGGAGGGAGUCAACGUCGUGAAGUCUACGGAAGACCUGGUAAGCCAAUAUCACGAAGUUUUUUCGGAGCAGCUUGGCAUGUUUCACGGCGUUACAGCGUCUAUAUCCGUACAAAAGGGGGCGAAGCCAUGUUUUGUCAAGGCACGUCCGAUACCAUUUGCUUUGCGCGAUAGGGUUUUUGAAGAACUACAGAGAAUGGAACGGGAAGGCGUUAUCAAACCGGUGAAAACUUCCCUGUGGGCCGCGCCCAUCGUUCCUGUAUUGAAGCGGGACGGCCGGGUUUGGGUCUGCGGCGAUUUUAAGACUACCAUAAACGCGGUGACAGUCGUCGAGUCCUACCCUAUUCCUAAGAUUGAGGAACAUUUUGCGCGACUUAGAGGAGGCAAGAAGUUCUCAAUGCUUGACUUGCAAGAUGCCUACCAGCAGGUUCCACUCGAUGAGGAGUGCCAAGAGCUAGUCACCAUUAACACUCCGAAGGGGUUAUACCAAUUCACAAGGCUGCCGUUCGUGGUUUCAUCAGCUCCGGCUAUAUUUCAGCGAGAGAUGGAAAAUCUGUUGCACGACCUUGACCAUGUCGUAGUGUACUUUGAUGAUAUUCUGGUCACAGGAACCAGUGACAAAGAUCAUUGGGAAAAUUUGGGCCGAGUGUUGGAUCGCCUGAAGACCGCGGGACUGCGACUGAAGUUAUCUAAAUGCGAAUUCAUGAAACCAGAAGUCCAGUACUUGGGCCAUAUCAUUAGUGCGGCUGGGCUGCGUCCAAACCCGGCUAAGACUGAAGCAGUGCUGGAAGCCCCCGCACCCCGAGCGGUCAAGGAACUUCAGAGUUACCUCGGUAUGUUCGCAAACCAAGGCCUUCUAGAUGUGGUCGUGUCGGAUAAUGGGCCAGCAUUUACCAGUGAGCUUUACUCCACAUUCCUCAAGAAAAACGGGGUGAGGCGAAUGCUGGUGCCGCCGUAUCAUCCAGCGUCGAACGGUGCGGCAGAGCGGGCCGUGCAGACUGUCAAAAACAAGUUGCGGAAGGCUGGCCCUGGUGAUAGUCGCACUCAAAUUGCCCGCAUGCUCCUGACAUACAGGUCAACGCCUCACGAAGUCACGGGUUGCUGUCCGUCGGAGCUGUUGUUCGGGCGGAAGCUGAGGACUGCAUUGGACCUGCUACACCCAGACCUCAGGACCAAGGUGCUACAGAAGCAACUUAAGCAGAAAAUCAGAUGCGACCAAGGAACAAGACCCAUGGUUUUGCCACCCGGGUGA